UUUUAGUGAGGAGCAGGGUUACAAAGUAAGGCUCUUUGGGUGAUUCCCCUCCAUUUUCCAGGCCCUGACUACUACAGAAGCCACACUUGCAUUUUACCUCAAGGACUAACGUUACAUCAAGUCAAUUCACACCUAUAGAGUGAAAGUGAUUGAGAUCUUCAGUGAAGCUCCUCCUACAACAAUCCACCAAUAAAUGCUGGAGUCAAACACACAGAGAAAUCACUCCAUGUGUGACAACUGAAAUCUUCAUGACAUAAUGUUGAUGCUGGUGAAAGAGGAGCUUGAGAAGAUGACAGAUCCACAACCAUGCAGAAUAAAGGAUGAAGAUACUGAGGAACAAAUAGAUAUGAUGGAAGUGAAAGAGGAGAGUCAAGCUGAAGUGGAUGAGAAACAUCAGAUUGUAAAAAUAAACCAUAAUGUUUCACUGAAAGAAACUCUGAAGACAGAAGACAUAAAGUGUGAAAAUAGUUUCAGUGAAGCUGAACGCCCUGCAGAUCAGAAGACGACUCAUAGUGAAGAGAAACCUUUCACAUGUCAACAGUGUGGAAAGAGUUUCGGAAGAAAAGAUAACCUUAAAACACACAUGAUGAAUCACAGUGAGGAGAAACCUUUCACAUGUCAACAGUGUGGAAAGAAUUUCAGAAGAAAAGUUAACCUUAACAUACAUGCAAGGAUUCAUACUGGAGAGAAACCUUUCACAUGUCAACAGUGUGGAAAGAGUUUCACCUUUAAAUCGAACCUUAACCGCCACAUGAAAGCUCACAGUGAGGAAAAGCCACACGCAUGCCAUCACUGUGAAAAGAGUUUUUCAGAUACAAGUAAUCUUAAGAUACACAUAAGAGUACACACUGGAGAGAAACCUUACACUUGUCAUCUGUGUGGAAAGAGUUUCAGAGUUGAAAGUAUCCUUAAGAUUCAUGCAAGAAUUCACACUGGAGAGAAACCUUUCACAUGCCAUGAGUGUGGAAAAUGUUUCAGAAGUAAGAAUUGCCUUACAGCACACAUGACAAUUCACAAAGGAGAAAAACCUCAUGCAUGUCUUCAGUGUGGAAAGUGUUUCAGUGUGGAGAGUCAUCUUAAGAGACACAUGAUAAAUCACAGUGAAAAGAAACCUCACGCAUGUCUUCAGUGUGAAAAGAGUUACAUAAAUAAACGUGGACUUGAGACACACAUGAAAGUUCACACUGGAGAGAAACCUUACAUAUGUCUUCACUGUGAAAAGAGUUUCACCGAUAAACGUGGACUUGAAACUCACAUGAUCACUCACACUAAGAGUUUCAAAACAAAAGCAAACCUUAAAAAACACGCAAGAUUUCACACUCAAUAGAAUCCAUUCAUGUGUCAACAGUGUGGAUAUGGCAACAAAGUUUAUAAAUCAGCUGAGGUCUUAUUAAUAAAACUGUUUGUAGGAUCCUUACUUAAAGAGCUACACAGUCAAACUGACCUGUAUUGCAGUGUGUCAUGUAGCUGUACAUCAAUGUAAACAAUGUGCAAGUAGUUGAACCAAAAAAAGUGCACGAUUAAUAAAGUUAUUGGCAUCUAAAGUAGGGAGUCGACUCUGAAUCGCUGAAACGAGUCGUCAUAUGGAAUUAAUCUACUGCCUGACUUUAUCCACAUAAUACCUUAAUGGUUCAGUACCAACUUUAUUUGAAACAUGUGUCUCUUAACCAUAACCUCUAAGUAUGAUUAUAGCUAAUGAUGAAUAAUGUGUAUUGAUGUUUAAACUCUUAAUAUACUGUCAGAGAGUCAUGUUAGCAGGCGGCUAACACAUGCUGCACGUUUUGCUACAACCAGGUUAGCUUACAUUAAUGCUUUAAUGAGUGUAAAAACUUUAGUUUGUGUCAUUGUUUUUUUUUCUGCUUGGAAGAACGAUGGAUGAUGUGUAUUAAUGUUGAUAAUGUCUUCUCAGUAAAUCAUGUUAGCACUAGGUCAAUACAUGUUGCACUACUCUGUGCCACUGAUCUGUGCGAAGACUGUGUCAGUUGACCAAUCAGAGCCGAGUAGGCUACUGAAAGGUGGGGUUUAGGCUAGGGCUGGGUCAGAAUAUUCGAUUAUUCAAAUAUUCGUUCGGUGGCAUUCGAUUUUUAAUUUUAAGAUUUGAAUGUCCUAUUUGUUUCAACAUUAUUAGCUGCAAAGACCGCCAAGCAGGAAGUGCACUUUACUCUACUGCUCUACAGGUGGCGGUGUGGCGCUGAGAACCUGGCUUGCAACUGCCACCAAACCCCACAAGAAGAAGAUCGUCCUCGUGUUGGCUAGAGGCUUGACCACAUUAACGCUUAAUAAUUGUCAAAUACAUUACAUUGAAGACGCCAGUAUGUCACCAGGAGUCACAAGGAUCACAUCUGCUUUUGAGUUCUCAAAGUGGCGGAUCUAUUGACUUGCAUUAAAUGACAGAGCACUGGGGUUUUUGCUGUGCUGCUUUAUUUUUCUACUGACGAAAAAAGUCACCAACAUGUCGGAUAGCCUGAUGGUCAGUAAAUAAACUUGAUAUUGAAAGUA